AUGCAACUUCUGCAGACAAAACGAGCCAUCCAGUUGCUCCCUUUGUGGAAGCGGUCAACUGCAACAACAAGAUGUCGUAGUAUUCGGAGGCUAAGCGAUCUGGAAGAUACCGGCGUCCCUCAUUUUGAGGACAGUCAGGACGUCUCGAGGAGUGCGGCAGCCAGUGCCGGGGAUCCGGCACAUCAACAGCAGGUCGACAAGGGAAGCUGGGCAACCCGAAAUUCCCUCGCUCGAGAAGAAGCUCCAUCUGAAAACAGUCAGAGUUCAGAGCCAGAAGGUGGAAGUUAUGUUGACACUUACGACGGAGGAACGAAUGGCGAGAAAGAUACGCUGUUGGUUGAGGCGUGGGCCGACGGGUGUGGAGAUCCCCGUGAGAACGAAGGUAGGAAGGAGCCAGAAUCAGCAGAAAACAGUCACCACUCAACCAAAGAAUCAAGGCUUGUCACGAUUGACGAAAAUCCAGAGCCGAUGGCAGCCGAUUCUGAAAGCGAGAUGCGGUAA